UAAUUUUCCUGUUUUUGCCUGCACAGUUUCUUCUAUGAAAACAGAAGAAGGCGGUGAUCUUGUGAGAAAAGCCGAUACCAAGGUGGUUAUUGUCUGCUGUGGAGCUGAAAUUGAAACUAAAGACGGGAUUGAUAACAAGGGUUUUGGCGAAUGCUAUUUGAAGCACUACCAUCAUCGUUUCUACCGUUUUAUGAAGUGUAUAACUAGCUAACUGGACCACAUGUUUACAAGAUUGAUUGAUAACAAAAAGCCGGAGCUUGGUUUGGGUCGAUUCUGCAAGCGGUUGGCUGUCUUCGCGAAACGGACAGAGGAACGAGCCGUGGUGUGUGGCUCCUACAAAAGAGAUACGAGACGACGUCUAGCGAUAGCAGAAAGGGUAAAGGGUUGUCUUUGCCGGUUAGCGCUAAGCAGUUACAGGGUCUGCUGCUCUGAACACCAUCAUCCAAAUCUGAUUCUGCGGGACGCUUGAGGUUUGUGUCUAACGUUAUCUGAGAGUAGAAAAUGAACCACCUGUCCCUGAGCGAGCUGUGCUGCUUGUUCUGCUGCCCGCCGUGCCCCAGCAAGAUCGCCUCCAAGCUGGCCUUCCUGCCCCCGGACCCCACCUACACGGUCAUCUCGGACGAGAGCGGCUCCCGCUGGACGCUGCACCUGUCGGAGCGCGCCGACUGGCAGUACUCGGCCCGCGAGAGGGACGCCAUCGAGUGCUUCAUGACGCGCACGGCCCGCGGCAGCCGCAUCGCCUGCAUGUUCGUCCGCUGCUCGCCCAACGCCAAGUUCACGCUGCUCUUCUCGCACGGCAACGCGGUGGACCUGGGCCAGAUGAGCAGCUUCUACAUCGGCCUGGGCUCGCGCAUCAACUGCAACGUCUUCUCCUACGACUACUCGGGCUACGGCGCCAGCUCGGGCAAGCCGUCCGAGAAGAACCUGUACGCCGACGUGGACGCCGCGUGGCACGCCCUGAGGACGCGGUACGGCAUCCGGCCGGAGAACGUGAUCAUUUACGGGCAGAGCAUCGGCACGGUGCCGUCGGUGGACCUGGCCGCGCGCUACGAGAGCGCCGCCGUGGUGCUGCACUCCCCCCUCACCUCCGGCAUGAGGGUGGCCUUCCCCGACACCAAGAAGACCUACUGCUUCGAUGCCUUUCCCAACAUCGACAAGAUCUCCAAGGUGACGUCGCCCGUGCUGAUCAUCCACGGCACGGAGGAUGAGGUCAUAGACUUCUCUCACGGGCUGGCGCUGUACGAGCGCUGCCAGCGGCCCGUGGAGCCGCUGUGGGUGGAGGGGGCGGGGCACAACGACGUGGAGCUCUACGGACAGUACCUGGAGCGGCUCAAACAGUUUGUGGCCCACGAGCUCGUCAACUUGUAGAAGGACCCCAUCCGCACAUUCGACAACUGUGAACUCUCAUGGGUAUUAUUUCCUCUGCUCGUUUAGUUUUUUUUUUUUUUUCUUUUUUAAUUAUUAUUAUAGAUUAGACUUUUUUUUAUUUUUAUUACUGCUAUUUUGUUUUUCUUUGUAAUUGCACAGUGCAGUAGUGAUGGAACCAGUAAGCCUAAAGCAAAUCUGUUUGCAAGUCAUGUUUGCUGCCUUUAAAAAAAUGAAAAGAAAAAAAACUAAAAAACCCAGGUCAUGAUUUGCAAACGUUUUGCGAUGACUGUUUUAAUGCCAGUGUAACGGGGGCCGAAGAUAAACACGUGAUCAGUCUGCCACGUUACCCCAACACUUUCGUUGUGUUUGGAUGUUUUUUGUUUUUUUUCGUUUUCGUUUUUGCCGUUUUCUUUUGUUCCUGUUUGACAAACGAUUUUAAUUGUAAAUGUUGGAAAUGUAAAGGUACUGUACGACAUGUAGACUCUGACAAUUACUGUGCCAGUGUUGCCAAACGUUCAGCAUAUCGAAAAGUCGAUUUGUAUGAAAAUGUUUUUAAAACAUCUCCAAUAAGCUGUACAAUUGCUUUUUUGUUUGUUUGUUUGUUUGUUUGUUUGUUUUUUUCCCCCACAGAGAUUUUAUGUAUGGAAGACUUGACUCGGAGAACUGAUAGUUUACGUUUUUUUUCUUUUUCUUCAGACCACUUAUGAAAUGCUGGAUUAAUUUAAAAAAUAAGUAAUAAUAAUAAUAAUAAUAAUAAUAAAACAGCUGUUAACUUUUUCAGAAGAUUCUUAUUUCUAGCCAUUUUUUAAAUUUAUCUAUAAAUCACGUUAAGUACCAAAUUUGGUUAGUGUCUGUUACCUCUAUUGCUGGAGUGUUAGUUUGCCUAGGCCUAGUUAUGGGGUGUGGCUGAAGAACACUGACGCUCAUGUACAGGUCUUCUCGUUAGGUGAAGCUGAAUAAACUGUCUGCUUGGUGAGGGGGGGAAGAAGCUGACCUCGGCUGUUUACUGCGUCGAAGCUGAGGACGAGCAUUCUCUCUCUUUCAGUUCUUUUAAACGUGUAAAUAAUGUUUGUACUUGAUAUUUCUUAUUUAUAUAUAAAUAUAAUACUUCCACGUGUAUUAUUUAUAUAUAAAUAUAAUACUUUCCUGUGUAAUAUUAUUACUACUAUGACUACAGUUAUUAUAUUAUUACAAUUGUUAUUAUGCAUACAUAUUUGGCGAAUCCAUUUUAACUCAAGACGGAGUUGCACGGUUCAAUCUGACCAAUGUCAUUCUUAUUUUGUGUAAAAACGCCUUUCAUUAUUGAAAGGACUUAUUAAAUGUUAUAAUUAUAUGAUAGUUACUAUGAUUUAAUGAAGCGAAUUGCUAUAGGAAAUAAAAAUGUAUUUGACGAAAGGAA